AUUAAUACUCCAUAACCACUCAUCUACCUCUCUCUCUCUUUUCUUUUCUCUUCUCUCUCUCUCUUCAUAAGCGUUGUCGUUUUCUGAACCCUUUUCCGAUCAAAGAUGGAUUCCAAAUGGCGAAAACUCAAACUCGCUCUCGGCUUCAACUCAUGCAUUCAUCUUCCUAAAACAACGGAUCAUCCUUCUCCUUCUCUAACUAACUUUUCCGGCCGUGUUUCUAAUUCCGGCGAUCUUUCCGUUCACCGUCCUUCCACUCCGACUCCCUCCUCCUCCGGUCUCCGUGUUUCCACAUCCUCAUCAUCCUCCUUCUCCAAUAAGGGAGUGUGUGCAAUAUGCUUGAACGCAAUGAAACCAGGGCAGGGGCAGGCCAUUUUUACUGCAGAAUGUUCUCACUCUUUCCAUUUCCAAUGCAUCACAUCUAAUGUGAGACAUGGGAAUCAGAUUUGCCCUGUAUGCAGAGCAAAAUGGAAAGAAGUUCCUUUUCAGAAUGCUGCAUCUAAUGUCUCCCUUGACGCCUCUCAACCUAGAGGUGACACUUGGUCAGGUAUACUACGGAGACUUUCUUCCUCACGACAAAAUGGUACAGUUCGGCAGAGUUCGCCACGUUAUAAUAUAACGGAACCAGCUAUCUUUGAUGACGAUGAUGAAAUCUUGGAUCGACAAACUUCAGUUACUCACCAUGUCAAUGAUGUGGAUCAUAGCAUUGAAAAUACAAUGGAGAUCACAACAUAUCCUGAAGUUUCAGCUGUUUCAAAAUCAGACUCUCAUGAAAACUUUACUGUAUUGGUUCACCUUAAGGCUCCCCCUCAUCUUCACAACAGUGACAGGAGCUAUGUUGAAUCUUCAGUUGAGACCUCUCGUGCUCCCGUUGAUCUUGUCACAGUUCUUGACAUAAGUGGUAGCAUGACAGGUUCAAAGAUUGCGUUGCUAAAACAAGCUAUGAGUUUUGUCAUACAGAAUCUAAGUUCCUCAGACCGUCUUUCUAUCAUUGUGUUCGCCUCAACAGCCCGCCGCAUUUUCCCUCUACGACGGAUGACUGAUGCUGGACGCCAGCAGGCAUUGCGCGUAGUUAGCACUUUAGCUCCAACUGGUGGUACAGAUAUUGCUGCAGGAUUGGAGAAAGGGGUCAAGGUAUUUGUUGACCGUCGAUGGAAGAAUCCAGUGUGCGGUAUCAUGUUACUAACUGAUGGACAAGAUACCCAUAAUAUUUGUCUCCCGACUCGUAGUGGAGAAGGUUAUCAGUCACUUGUCCCGAAUUCCAUUCAUCGUUGUAAUGGUGAAGGUUUGAACAUACCAGUGCAUGCAUUUGGUUUUGGUGUUGAUCAUGAUGCUACUUUGAUGCAUUCCAUCUCUGAGAUUUCUGGAGGCACAUUUUCCUUUAUUGAAGCUGAGGAAGUGAUUCAGGAUGCGUUCGCUCAGUGUAUUGGGGGACUAUUGAGUGUAGUGGUUCAAGACCUACAUGUAGAAGUUCGGUGUGCUCAGUCUCGUUUGCAACUUAACUCGGUAAAAACAGGAAGUUAUCAAAGUACAUUGACUAACAAUGCAGGAAUGGCUUCUAUAAAGGUAGGAGAUUUGUAUGCUGAAGAAGAAAGAGACUUUUUAGUGACACUCAAUGUUCCAGUUGAGGAAUCUAGUGAUGAGAUGUCAUUGUUGACCGUUACAUGUCUCUAUAGUAACCCCAUCACAAAAGUGGAGGGUUUGGAUGCAACAAGUGAAGUGAAGAUUCAGAGACCUAAUGAGGCUAGAGAUCCAGUUGUAUCAAUAGAAGUAGAUAGGCAAAGAAAUAGACUAAAUGCCGCUGAGGCAAUGGCUGAGGCUAGAGUCAAAGCAGAAUGCGGUGAUUUGGCUACGGCUAUUUCUGUCCUUGAAACAUGUCACAGGGAAUUAUCUGAAACUCUUUCUGCUCAAGCCGGAGAUCCAUUAUGUGUUUCUCUUUCUGCUGAACUAAAAGAGAUGCAGGAGAGAAUGGCAAAUCAGCAUAUUUAUGAACAAUCUGGAAGAGCUUAUGUAUUAUCAGGGAUGAGCUGUCAUUUAGGGCAAAGAGCAACUGCAAGAGGUGAUUCCACAGACUACCAAACUUCUGUCAUGGCUGACAUGGUUACACGUUCCCAAACCUUUCUUGUUGGGACUCCACAAUCUGAAAAUAUUCUACGGCCUACAAAAUCCUUCAAUGGCAGGAAGCAAAGAAAAUAAUAAUGGGAAUUUUUCUGUUCUGUAGAGAUCUAGUUCUCUUUUAUCCUAAUUUUAAAGUUAGAUAGAUAGUAGGAAGGAAAGGAAAUUAUUUUAGGCAUUCUAAAUUGUAAAUGCUCUACGAGAUAUUCUUCUGAUUCUUUUUCAUUAGUGGUGCUCUUCCUUUUGUUAACUAUGUACCUUGGUGUUUGCUGGUUUUACAAAUACAAUACUCUUUUGUUUCA